ACCUCCUCGGUUGUACUUUGAUCCGACAGCUUGCAGCGGCGUUGCGCAGUUUUGAACCUCCGACCCCGGGAAGCAACUGUUUAAUUAAAGUAACCAAACUAGUCAAGCGGACGCGGUUAAAAAAUAAAUUAAAAAUCCAGAAACCAUGACUAGCUACCACAAACCCGAUGAAAAAACUCUGCAGGGACUGAAAGACAUCGCCAAUAAGCUCCGGAUCAACUCCGUUAAGGCGACAUGCGCCUCUAACUCUGGUCACCCCACAUCAUGCUGCAGUGCAGCAGAGCUCAUGUCUGUGCUCUUUUUCCACACCAUGCGCUACAAAGCAGAUGACCCUCGCAACCAGUGUAACGACCGCUUUGUGCUCUCAAAGGGUCAUGCUGCACCUAUCCUGUAUGCUGUGUGGGCAGAGGCGGGUUUCCUGAAGGAGUCUGAACUGCUCAACCUGCGCAAGGUUGACUGUGAUCUGGAGGGGCACCCCACACCAAAACUGGCCUUUGUCGAUGUGGCAACAGGAUCUCUGGGACAGGGCCUCGGGGCUUCCUGUGGGAUGGCAUACACUGGCAAACAUUUUGACAAAUCAGGAUACCGUGUGUACUGCAUGCUGGGUGAUGGAGAGUCUUCAGAGGGCUCAGUGUGGGAGGCCAUGGCAUUUGCCUCCUACUACGAUCUGGACAACUUGGUGGCUAUCAUAGAUGUCAAUCGGCUCGCUCAAAGUGAAGCUGCACCCCUGAAGCACGACGUGGAGACCCACCGCAAGCGCUGUGAAGCCUUUGGGUGGAACACAUAUGUUGUGGAUGGACACGAUGUGGAGGAGCUGUGCAAAGCUUUGUGGCAGGCUCAGCAGGUGAAGGGCAAACCCACUUGCAUUGUAGCCAAGACGUUCAAGGGCAAAGGACUCAAAAAUAUUGAGGAUCUUGAUAACUGGCAUGGAAAGCCCAUUCCCAAGGACAGGGUGGAUGCCAUCCUGAAAGACCUGCAGGCUUUGAUCCAGGUCCCCAACAAGACCCUGUGCCCUGAGCUGCCCAAAGACGACACAGCACCUGCAGACCUUAGCACCAUCUCUCUCCCUUCACCCCCAGCAUACAAAAAGGGAGACAAGAUGGCAACAAGGCGUGCAUACGGUGUUGCACUGGCCAGGCUGGGCCAAGCGAGCGAGAGAGUGGUGGCCCUCGAUGGAGACACCAAAAACUCCACUUUCUCGGAAACAUUCAAGAAGGCCUUCCCUGACCGCUACAUUGAGUGCUUCAUUGCUGAACAGAACAUGGUGAGUGUGGCCAUUGGCUGUGCCGCCCGAGACCGCACGGUUGCAUUUGCCAGCACGUUUGCUGCCUUUUUCGCCAGAGCCUAUGACCAGAUCCGUAUGGGAGCCAUCUCCCAGUCAAAUAUCAACCUGGUAGGGUCCCAUUGCGGCGUCUCCAUCGGCGAGGAUGGUCCUUCACAGAUGGCCCUUGAAGACUUGGCCAUGUUCCGUGCCAUCCCAACAUGUACUGUGUUUUACCCCAGUGAUGCAGUGUCCACAGAGAGGGCUGUUGAGCUGUCAGCCAACACCAAGGGUAUCUGUUUCAUCCGUACCAGUAGACCAGAGACUGCAGUGCUCUACUCUCCAGAUGAGAAGUUUCAAGUGGGCAUUGCUAAGGUUGUGCGUGAGUCUGACAGUGACUGUGUGACUGUGAUUGGAGCUGGUAUUACUCUGCAUGAGGCCCUUGCUGCUGCUGAUAUGCUGGCCAAAGAAGGAAAGAACAUCCGCGUCAUUGACCCAUUCACCAUCAAGCCCUUGGAUGCCUCUACCAUUCUGGCCAGUGCCAAAGCCACAAAGGGACAGAUCAUCACUGUGGAGGACCACUACAAGGAGGGUGGUCUUGGUGAAGCAGUGCUGUCAGCAGUGGGCCAAGAGCCUGGCAUUGUUGUGACCCGACUGGCAGUGACUGGUAUUCCCCGCAGCGGAAAGCCCCAAGAGAUGCUCGACAUCUUUGGCAUCAGCGCCAAGCACAUUGCCAACGCUGUGCGUCAGACCUUUGCAAACUAAGGACUUCCCCGUACCUCGCUUGACGCUCUGUUCCAUCGCAAUCAACAUGCAGUUAACUGGCUUGUCUCUGCCCAUGUGCCGUCUUGUAGCUUUGACUCGAGUGGUGUGUGUUUACCCUGUAUUGUUGUUACCACAGAUUGUGAGGGAUGAGAGCAGGUGUGCAGUGUUGUUAAAGACUAUUGUUUAGCCUUUUCUCAAUUAUUAUUUUUUUUUUCUUUCUCUAACCCUUUGGAACAUUCCUUUCUUGUAUCCUUUUAUGUGUUCAAAACCAUCACUGAAUACAGUAAAUCUGGUAUGUUUACCAGAUUAAAAACAUGCCAGCAGCAGACCUGGCUCUGAUCCAUUGUAAACUGUCAGGCCGCUACUUCUUUUUUGCAUUCCAAUCUUUUCCUUUUCACUCUUACAGCCAUGCCUCAAGGGUUUUUUCCCCAAGAAACACUGUUACUGUUGGUCAUAAAUGCUAAUGGUUUUGAAGUCUUUUAAUGCUUAAACCAGUUUUAGACAUGAACAGUUUGACCAUUCCUCUUUUGUGUGAUGCCACAUGGGCAUCACACACAGCUACUGGUUUUCCAGGGCACUGGUGUCAUCCUGUUGUACUUGUGUUGCAUUGAAUUAAAAAGAAUUUACCCAA